AUAAACAAAGCAAAUUUUAUCACCUGAAAGUUCGAAAGUUCAUCAUCUUUUCAUUUUGUAAGUUUUUGUAAAGUUCUUGACGAUAAAGAUAAGCCAUAAGACUUCAAAUUUCGUAAAUUCAUCAAUCGUGUGUAAUGUGGAAUCAUCUCAUCUCGAACACUAGUAUCAGUUUCACUAUCAAGAUAAUACAAUUUAAAAUUCGUCGUACUCUUCUGCUUAUCUAACCAAAUGUAUUCAAACAACCCGAGUCUAUGUAACCAUAAGGUUCACGUGAACCCAUUAUUCAGUUACCAUGCUCACAAAUCCGCGUAUUCGUCGGAGGCCACCGUCAACCAUGACUCAUCGCAACCUCCAAACAACUCAACCCCAUUUGCUUCCGUUCGAUUGGGAUACAACAACCAAGUGGAUAAUUCGUUCAACAACUUUAUCAAAGAGAAAUUCUACGAAUUGAGCGCCGUUAUGUAUCGAGAUUCCGUCAACAAAGCUACUGCACCGAGUCAACAAGUUGCAUCAGAGCAGCCAAAACCCACGUCUAAGUACAAAUGGGAAAAUCAAAAAUCAACCAAUGUCUGUGAUACUCCGUCGGCUAACGAUUCCGUGCCAUUUCAUUCGGUAUUUUCGAAAGGAUGGUUUUUCCAUAAUUCCUGUGAUACCACGUGUAUAUCGAGUUCACCACUGGAUAUACAAUCAUGCUGUUUUAUUAAUGACCGAUAUUUACCUCAGAAUACGUUGAAUGUACCAGACUUGAAAAAACGAGUACUUGAUUUUUACAAGAAGAAGACCGCAGCGAGCAGUAAUAAUCAUUCGUUGAUCUCAAUUUCGAAACAUAAAUUAAUCAAGAAAACAGGCGUCGUACCGUUGAAAGAAAACGUCACAUCGAAAUCACCUAGUCAAAAACGAAGAUCAUCCAAUGUACCGGUACUUUGCACGCGUAGUAAAUUGAUACGGAAGAAUAAACCAGUCGCCAUAUCUAUGUCAUUAGUGAAUAAGGAAAAGCUGAUGAAAAACCUGAGUAAAAAUUUCAUAAUUAAACGCCAUUCUCUAGUACGAAUAAAUCAGGGCGCAGCCGAAGACGUUGUGAAAACUGUGCACAAACGAAAACGUCUCAAUUCGUCUCGUGCUUCGAGUACUUCUUCAGUGGUCGUGCUCACCAAACGUAAACUUAUCAGGAAAAGUACUCCGACGAUUCAAACCGUCUCACCGCUCGUAUCCAUAUCAAAACAUAAACUCCGUCGACGUAAAGUUGACGAGAACCUGUUACCUUUAGUAUCGAUUUCCAAACAUAAACUGAGUCGUGUCGUCGUACAAAAUCGAGAACCGCAGAAAACACCACCGGAAGCUGAAAGAUUGAUAUCGAUCAAUCCGAAUAAAUUAAUCAGGUCGUCGUUGCUGCCCAAAGUUACGAAAUCCAAGAACCAAGCGUUCUUUUCCAAUUCCGUGCUGUACAAUGUGAUAAGACAUCGAAGACGAAUUCAUCGAGGCAGCGGAUACGUUUUAUUGACUCGUAAUAAAUUAAUCAAGAGGGCUAAAUUCAAGAAUAAAAUCUGGAGAAGGCAUAAAAGCGAAGAUGGUUUGCCCAAGAAUUGUUUCAACAAGAUGUUCGUUUCGUUGGGAAAUAAUAAGCUGAUUAGGAAAUCAUUAUUCGCUAAAAAUAAUAAAACUGAUGCGGAGAAGAAAAAUAAUCCUAUUCUGUCUCCCAACAAAAAUGCUCUAUUUACUCGUAUGAUGAAUUCGCCAUGCAGAAGGAUCCAGCGUUUCACUAAUCAUUUGACUAGGACGAAACUAAGAUAUGCGAGUGAGCGAAAUACUUCCAUGUUUAGGACCAGGUAUUCUAAUAAGCAUAAAAAUAAUAGGAAAAUAAUCAGAAAGAAGAAGAAUUCCAUUUGCCCAGUUUAUCGCAAGAAAGGUACUUGUGCGAAACUUUUGAAAGGAGACUGCUACCGUAUCCAUGAUCGAAAAUACGUCGCAUUGUGUCAAAACUUUAUUCGAGGCAACUGUGAUGAAAAAGAUUGUCUUUUAUCUCACGAUCUCACUUCCAAAAAGAUUUCAAUAUGUCGACGUUUUCUCAAAAAUAACUGUAGCUAUGAAAAUUGUCCAUAUGUACAUGCUAAGCCAACGUUGGAAGCUCCUAUUUGCGCUCAAUUUCUGCAAGGAUACUGUGAAGAUGGAGAAAGGUGUUCUAACUGGCACAUUUUCGCGUGCCCGGAAUUCAAAGAGAAUUCAUGCUGCUCUAAAAAGGACACUUGUCGCUUACCACAUCGAGAUUUGAGCUUUUUCCAAGGCAAAGAUGACGAUUCGGACGAUGAAGAGGGACAUAAUUGGCGUUAUUUCGAGAAAAAUAAAAUAGACGAACGUGAUCUUAAGAGUAUUAGUAUUAUCCCUGAGAGACAUUUGUUGGGUGAUUUACCCGAUUUUAUUCCCAUCUAAAUUCUAAGAAAGUUUCUUACUUUUUUUCAGAGUAGUAAAUUUUGUAUUGUAUAAAUAUAUUUGCGAAUUAUUAUUAUUGUGAUAAUUUUAUAGGGCUACGUGAAAAUUUCAUCGUAAGUAUGAGUGUGUUUUUUACUAGUUGUUAAAAAUUAUUUCUGUGUUUCAGGACUUCUUGCGAUGAGGAGUUAUUUUUCAAAGCAGUUGAAAAAGUACGAAAAUCAGUGUUGUGGUGCUGUUUUCGUGUUAUGUGAUAUUAUUAAUAAUAUUUUUUGUAAAAUUAAUUUUGCGAGUUGAAAAAAUAAAAUUCAAUGUUGA